GCCAUCAUGUCGCUCUGCUCUCGAGGCGCAGUGCUCAGAAGCCCGAGAUUGAAUCUGUUGCGUCUGCUUUCAAAGACCAUUCCCCGAUCCCAGCCCCAAACGCUCUUUUCACAAUCGCGCGCCGCGCCACAAUCCAAAGUCCUUACGGACCUCCGCAGGCAAUGCCGAUGCUUCUCAACAACUCGCUUCCAGCGAGAGCAGCCCCCAACUGAGCCUCAGAUCGACACCCUAGCCGAUUCCCUGCCUUUGUGCUGCCCAGGAUGUGGCGCAUUCUCCCAAACGGUUGAGGCAAACGAGCCAGGAUACUAUGGUACAUCACGAAAGCAGAUUCGGAAGCUACUAGCCGUGAGAAAGGAAGCAAUUGAAUACAAAAAUAUACAACAAAACGAGGCUAUAUCCACUGAGGGAGAUGACUUGAGCGCACAGCAGAACGAUGCCAUCGAGGAGGCAGUGCCACCCAAGCCCAUUCAAGAUGGAGCUUUUCCAGAUGAAGCUGUCGAUCCCGAGAACAACUUUCUUGGGUCUCCCGGUCGAAUCACCGAAGUCUGCGAUCGUUGCCACGACUUGAUACACCACAACAAGGCAGUCUCUUCGCCUAAGCCGACUAUUAUGUCUAUACGAAACUACCUAGAAGAAUCGCCGUACAGACACAACCGUGUUUACCAUAUCAUCGAUGCUGCAGAUUUUCCAAUGUCUCUCGUUCCACGCAUCCAUUGGGCUUUAAUGCUGCAGGAGCAACGUUCGCGCAACCGACGAUCUACGAAUGAGAAAUACGAACGCGGAAGAAAACUCCCAUCUCUCUCGUUUAUAAUCACGCGCUCGGACCUUUUGGCGGCAACGAAAGAACAGGUAGACUCGAAGAUGGAUUAUAUUCGCACAGAGCUCCGCGCAGCUUUGGGGAGAUCAGGGAGGGAGGCCCGUUUGGGCAACGUGCACAUGAUUAGCGCGCACCGUGGCUGGUGGACCAAGGAAGUCAAGGAAGAGAUCCGAGAGCAUGGCGGUGGCAUUUGGGUCGUUGGCAAGGCAAAUGUCGGAAAGAGCAGCUUCAUUGAAGCUUGUUUCCCCAAGGAUUCCAGAAAUGUGGAGAAAAUCGAAGAGUGGGUUCAACGCCGUCGUGAGGAAAAUGAGAUUCCAAACCAGCGAGAGGCUAUCCUUCUUAACCCCGACAGUCUUCUGCCCCCUGCCCCCCGCGAGGAUCUCUACCCUGUGCUCCCAGUCGUGUCUUCCCUUCCAGGCACUACAGUCUCGCCUAUCCGCAUUCCAUUCGGUCGUGGGAAGGGCGAGGUCAUCGAUUUGCCCGGCCUAGAGCGUGGUCUAUUGGAGGACUUCGUUCAGGAUGAACACAAGCGUGAUUUGAUCAUGACGAAGCGGAUCAAGCCUGAACGUUCAACCGUUAAACCCGGCCAGUCUCUUCUGCUUGGUGGUGGUCUUAUCCGCAUCACCCCGGUGAACCCCCAAGAUACGGUCAUGUCCGCCAGUUUCCUGCCUCUCGAGUCUCAUAUCACCAACACACAGAAAGCAAUUGAGACGCAGGCCGAAGAAAGCCCCUACCGAGGGACUGUCAUUAUGAAAGAAGGAACCGGCAGCACAAUGGCCUCGGCCGGUAUAUUCGACUUGAAGUGGGAUACCACCACCUCAAAUCUUCCUACCUCCCUCGCCAAAGCUGUGAGGGACAGGGGGAUUCCAGUGCCUUCAUUGCCAUACCGCGUGAUGUCUGCAGAUAUUCUCAUUGAGGGCUGUGGCUGGAUCGAGCUCAGUAUACAAAUCCGCAGCAAGCGGGAUGCUGAAGACGAACCUUCCUAUCCGCAGGUCGAGGUCUUUACACCCCAUGGGAAGCAUAUUGGGUCCCGGCGUCCGAUUGAAUGUUGGAACUUUAUUGCAGAGAAGAAAAAGAUCGACAAGCGCAAACGGCCGCGGACGAGAUAUUGA